AUACCGGUAGUAAUACAUCGUCCAAGGACCAUGUUAUAAUAUCGUAAUCUCAACCUUAGUUAUAUAGCUAUACAGUGGACGUCGGACUACGGAUGUGAGCCUUCAAAUAUAAAGACAGAGCAACAGGAAAUGGGCCAUCGACCAAGGGUCCUGGUGAUGCUUGUUGUGUGCCAGUUAGUGGUGACCCAGUUUUUGGUGGAGACCGACACUUCCGCUGUGGCGUCCUUAGUUACGGCAGCGUCCCUAGUACCCCUGAUCACGUCUCUUUUCGAUAAUGAGGUGGAUCCAGACCUUUCCAGGGCCGCUCUAGCGACCUGUGCCCUGUAUGCCAGCCUGCAAAGACCAGUGACUACAGCCUCCUCCUGCCCCGCCACUACAUGUCCCAAUGGGUGGACACGGUACCAAACCUCUUGUUACCUGGUGGUUACCUACGAACUCGAAACCUGGUCUGGAGCACAGGCAAAAUGCGUCGCGGAAAAUUCUGGUUUAGUCGAAAUUGAAACAGAAGCGGAAAAUAACUUUCUAAAGGAUGUUGCCGCAAAAACCUUCUUAAAUGGACAGUUUUGGACCGGUGGGAACGACAUUGAUGUUGAGGGUCAAUGGCGCUGGGUGACGUCAGGAAACCCCUUCACAUUCACGGACUGGGGGCCGGGAGAGCCCAAUGACACGGGGGGAAACGAGGACUGUAUGCUUCUCUUAUCUAAUACUGGCUACACAUGGAACGAUUUGCCAUGUUCGACAAACUCACUCUACAUCUGCGAAAAACCUGCGACGUGAAAGGUUUUAGUAUCCGUGUUACCUUUGGUGGAAAGCAUGGAAUUUAAAGAAAAUCAACUAUUUUAGCAAAUUUCUGUUGUUACAUUAGUUCUUUUUCAAGUUUGUGACUUUCAUACUGAUACAAAAU